AACGUUAACAUCAUGGCUAACACAAACAGAACGAUUUAAAAUAGAGCGCUACUCGAAUCGCCGCUGUUGGAACACCCAAAGAGUGAAAUUGUUUUAAGAAGCAACAAAAUCGAAUCGAACCAAACCAAAUAGUGCCAAAAACACCAUGAGUGACUUAUAUAAAUUUCUAAUUAUUGGCAUAAUUUGUUUAAAUCUUGACGCGAUACGAUCAGAUAAUCCCUGCGUGUUUGUGGAUACAUGUGAACGGUGUCUAGAAGCGGAUUUUUCUUGUGCCUGGUGUACAGACAAGUUGUACCGAUUUCGUUCUCGCUGUCUGAAUCGAACCCAACUUUUGGAACAUGGCUGUAGAGCUGAACACAUCUAUGAAAAUGAACCGGAAUUUUACACCCUUACGGAUGUACCUCUUAAGGAUUAUGAUAUGGGUACUGACAGUUCCGUGCAAGUAAAACCACAACGUGUCUAUCUAAAAUUGGUCAAAUCCCACUCAGAACGUAUAAAACUCUCCUAUCGCCCUGCCAGCAAUAAUCCCCUAGAUUUGUAUGUUCUCAUGGACCUCACCUGGACCAUGAAAGAUGAUCGAGAAACUUUGGUCAAAUUAGGCUAUGAAUUAGCUACAACUUUGAAAAAUCUUACCUCUAACUAUCGUUUGGGUUUCGGAAGUUUUGCUGAUAAGCAAGAGAUGCCCAUGAUAACACCCGAAUUGAAGAUGAAUCCCUGCGCCAAAGCAGGACAAGUGUGUGAGCCAACCUACGGCUUUAGGCAUCAUCUCCAUUUGACCGAGGAUGCUAAACGUUUUGUGAAAUCAGUGAAAGAGAGUAAAAUAACAGGAAAUUUGGAUAACUUGGAAGGCGGGCUAGAUGCACUCAUGCAAGUGUUGGUGUGUUCCCAAGAAAUUGGCUGGAAGAAGGAGGCCCGUAAAGUGGUUAUAUUGGUAACAGAUGGCUUUAUGCAUUUUGCUGGUGAUGGUCUGUUGGCGGGUAUCACCAGAAAGAAUGACAAAAAAUGCCAUUUGAGUGCCGAUGGAGAAUAUUUGGGAUCAUUAAUCUACGAUUACCCCUCCUUGGAGGAGAUAUACAGGGAAUUGAUGAAAAGGAAAAUAAGUGUUAUAUUUGCAGUGACCGAAGAUGUUGUGCCCACGUAUAGAGAAUUAAGCGGCCUUAUGAAGGAAAUGAGUCAAGUUGAAAUUUUGAGUGAAGAUUCCUCUAAUAUUUUGGAAUUGAUUGAGAAGAGUUAUGACAGGUUCAUCAAGCGCACCCAAUUUUCGGACAACAGUCCCGAUUUUAUAAAAAUCGAAUAUAAAACUGAUUGCGGUGGUCAAUUUCCUACACUGCGCAAGCGCAACUAUUGCAAUGAUGUGGAGUUGGGCAAAACUGUGGAGUUCUAUAUUGACGUGACUCUCACAGAUUAUCCCAAGGAUGGCAUCUAUACCCAUAAAAUACGCAUUGAUGAAUCUGCAUUGAACGAGUAUAUGGAAAUCGAAGUGGAAAUUCAAAAACCCUGCACUUGUUCAGAAGAACUGGAUGUCAAUGAUGAAAAUGGUCGUUUUCAGUGCAAUAAUAAUGGCUUUAUGCACUGUGGCAUGUGUCAGUGUGACGCAGCUUGGACUGGGACAUCGUGCACCUGCCCCACAGAUCCCACAAAUGCCACCACAACAGAGGCCAUAGAAAAUUUUUGCCGUCGUCCCUAUGACCUUAGCAAGCCCGAUGACCUGGGACCGGUCUGUUCAAAUCGUGGUACUUGUGAGUGUGGUCAUUGCUUCUGUUUUCCCGGUUUCGAGGGAACAUUCUGCGAAUGUCCUGAAUGCGAUGUGGACUGUGAUCUCCGCAAGGCGGAUUGUAUAUGUGGCCAAUGUGUUUGCAAGUAUGGAUGGUCGGGAAACCGCUGCAAUUGUGAGGACAGUUUGGAUGGCUGCAUUGGUCCCACAGGGGAAAUAUGCUCGGAUCGGGGUUAUUGUGAGUGUGGCGAAUGUGUCUGUGAUGAGCCGUAUGUGGGUAAAUUUUGUGAAAUCGGUUCGGAGACGGAGAAUAAAAUUUGUACCUUCUAUGAGGCAUGUGUGACGUGUCUGAUUGAGGAGAACACCAAAACGGGAAAAUGUGGAAAUGUAUCGGAGAUAUGUGGCAAGGCCGAGAAACUUGAAAAGUUUACCACAGUGUUUGUCAAAGAUGAAUUGGAUAUUGAAAAUCGUUGUUUGGCUCGUGUUGAAAAUGAAUAUGGCAUACCAUGCGAUCACUAUUUCACCUACCAAAUGGUAGCUCACAUGGAAAACUAUCUGUUGAUACAAGUCAACGUGUGUGAGCCCUUGAAUUAUAUGGCUGUCAUAGGCUUUGUGUCGCUGGCCACUUUUUUUUUGGGUCUACUACUCAUUUGUAUUAUUUGGGGUUGUAUACGAGCCAAAGACAAACGAGAGUAUGCUCGUUUUAUGGCUGAUCAAGAAAAUAGUUAUAUGGAGCAUAGUCCCAUUUAUAGAGAUCCCAUUGGUCGUUUUGUUGUGCCAAAGGCAGUAAAUCGUAAACAAAGCAAUCCAUUUUUAUAAAAUGUGUAUACCAAACUCCACUACUGUGGUACUGGGUAUUAUUUAGAUGUUAAAAAAUUUAAUACAAUUAUGACAAUAUACUAUAUUUUUAAUACUUUAAGGUGUAAAAUGAAA